CCAAUCACGUGUCGGGAUGGGGAUGAGGUGGCAGUAAACACCGGAAGCCGGACGUGUUUAUAAGCAGCCGCUAAGCUAACACGCUAACAGGCUAACUGACACCGCGCGAGUUGAACUUUUCACCGAUUCCCUCCGAGUCCGAGGCCGCAGAGUUUCUCAGGAUGAGUCUUCAGUGGACGGCGGUGGCCACCUUCCUCUACGUAGAGGUCUUCUUCGUUCUGCUGCUCUGCAUCCCCUUCAUCUCACCCAAGAGGUGGAGUAAGAUCUUCAAGUCUCGUAUCGUACAGACCAUCGCUCUGUAUGGAAACACGUCGUUCAUGGUGGCCAUCGCCAUCCUCGUCUUCCUGCUCAUCGACGCGUUUCGUGAGGUCAGGAAGUACAGUGUGCCGGAGAAGGUGGACCUGACCAACAACCCCAACGCCGUCGAACACAUUCACAUGAAACUGUUCAGAGCUCAGAGGAACGAGUACAUCGCCGGCUUCGCCCUGCUGCUGUGCCUGUUGCUGCGUCGUCUGGCCACCCUGCUCUCCCAGCAGGCUUCUCUCAUGGCCUCCAACGAAGCCUUCAAGAAGCAGGCGGAGGGCGCCAGCAACGCCGCGAAGAAAUACAUGGAGGACAAUGAGGAGCUGCAAGAGAAACUGCGUAAUGCUGGUGUCGAGGUGCCGGAGGCCGGGAAGAAGGGAGCAGGACCACAGGAGGAGAACAAGAAUCUGAAAGAGGAGGUGAAGACUCUGAAGGAGGAGAGAGACGCCACCAAGAAAGCUCUGCAGAAGUCGGACAGUGACGUUCAGGCGAUGAAGAAACAGGCGGAGAACCUGACGGUGGAAUACGACAGACUGCUGGAGGAGCACAGCAAGCUGCUGGCGACCAGCGACAAGAAGUCAGACUGAGGAGGAGAAACAGUUUCCAGAUUCUCUCAUCUUCAUCUUCUUCAUCUUCGUCACCUUCGACGUCCACAGCUUCUGUUUCCACCUCGACGUCCUGCACAGCGAUGUGAUGUCACUUCCUCUCUGGCUGUGAUGGCUUCAUUAGACUGUUCACUUGUGUUUCUGUUGGACUUUCUGUUUUUGUUUCUUGUUUACAGAUUUUGUUUGUUUUCUUUCAAACGGUUUUGUCCGUCUGAAACGUAACUGAUCGGAUCAUUCCCUGUUUCCUGCUGACUGGUUUCAUUCCAAAAUAAAAGCUCCAAUGGUUUUAUAAAAACAUUCGUCUGGCGUCUCGGACGAAUGUUUUUCACAUUCCAGAUUAAAAGAGUCCAAACGGAAACCGUCUUCAGACUCGGCUCAGAAAUCACCUGGUGAAAGUCGGGUUGUGAAUUUAUCCUGAAUUUUUUUUCUUUCUGAUUUGAAUCAAAUUCCCUGAACUCGGACGAAGAAUCUAGUCUCGAAGUUCGAUUCCCUCUCGACCAACAUGGGGACAAAGGCCGCGUCUCUUUAAAGGAGUGAAACUUUUCAUCUUCUGACUCUGAGUGUUUACUUUUCUUGUUGUUGGUUCAAUCUCAGUUUUUUUCUUUGUAUUUCUCUGGCUCCGCCCACACUGAUGUGUUGUUGUUUUAAAUCUCAUCACUGUUGUUAAGCUUACGCCUUCUGUCCACAUGACUCAGCGUUUUCCAGCCUCUGAUUCAGAGACUUGUGUAAACGAAGACGCCCACGUUCUCUUCCUGAUUGGUUCUCAUCAGUCACGUGACUCGACUACAAAGGGUUUCUAACACUUCCUGUCAGUAACAACCGACUGUCUACGUCACAUGACCAGUGGACAUGAAUGAAAUGAAAACAUGUCAGUGUGGGCGGAGCCGUGUUCUUAAGACACAAGAUAAUUUGGUUUCACACUUUAAACUUUAAAACCUUGAUGUUUGUUUUGUUAGUGGAGGAAGAAUCACUCGAUGUUUGUAUCGAUAGAAAACUUCUGCUCAGCUGAAUGUGAACGAUUUGCGUGAAAAGGUUCAAACCAAAUAUGAUUAAAUGUCUGUUUUCAAAGAUGGCCGACACAGGCUCUCAGUGGUUAAUAAUGACUUUAAGACCAAACCCAUCAGAAACGGGAACAUAUGUAACUUCACGUUGUCUUUACUCACAGCCGCUGGUUUCCUGUGACCUGAUGUGAAAAGGUUGAUCUGUAUGGGAAAGUUCAUGUGAGGUUCAUGGAUCAUGUGUCAACUUCCUGUUUGAUACAAAAUAAACUGUCGACUCAGUG